GCUAUCAAAUGGCUAGUUUGAUUUGAACUAUGACCGCGCUGUCAUAAAUGAGUCUUGUUGAUAACCUGAAGCAAAGUAACACUGGGAGCUUGUCCAGCGAAUUUCACAAAAGUUUGGUCAAAGCUGCUGUCUUUCUCUGUUCCUCGCUGCUUGAUUGUUCGGUGAACUACUGAAGAUGGGGACCGCAUUGAUUUACGAUGAGGAGAUGACCAAGUACAAACUGCUCUGGGUUGAUCCAGUGUGUAAGAUUGAGGUGCCCGAGCGUCUCACAGUGAGUCAUGACGCUUUGGUCAGGAGCGGUCUGGCUGAUCGCUGUGUAUCCAUACCUGUCCGGGAGGCCACGGACGCCGACAUUCUGCUGGUUCACAGUGAGGAAUACCUGGAGGCAGUGAAGAAGACCCCUUACUUGACUCUUGAAGACCUGAAGGAAUUCACCCUGCAAUAUGGUGACGUCUACUUCCACCCAAACAUCUAUCAUUGUGCCAAGCUGGCUGCAGGGGCCGCACUGCAACUGGUGGACAGUGUUAUGACGGGGAAGGUGAGGAAUGGCAUGGCUCUGGUCAGACCCCCAGGACAUCACAGUAUGCGCAGUGCUGCCAAUGGUUUCUGUGUCUUCAACAAUGUGGCCAUAGCAGCUAAAUAUGCCAAGCAAAAAUAUGGGCUUCAAAGGGUGUUGAUAGUUGACUGGGAUAUCCAUCACGGUCAAGGGGUGCAGUACUCCUUUGAAGACGAUCCGAGUGUGCUCUACUUCUCCUGGCACCGAUAUGAGCAUCAGAAAUUCUGGCCUCAACUUAGAGAAUCAGACUAUGACUGUGUUGGCAAAGAGAAAGGGGCUGGAUUCAACAUAAACGUACCCUGGAACAAGGUGGGAAUGCAGAACAGCGACUAUCUCGCCGUCUUCUCUCACGUCCUCCUGCCAGUCGCAUACGAGUUCUGCCCAGACUUGGUGUUGGUGUGUGCAGGCUUUGACUCUGCCAUCGGUGAUCCAGAGGGUGAAAUGUGUGCAACCCCUGAUAUCUUUGCCCACCUCACUCACCUCUUGAUGAACCUUGCAGGAGGCAAACUGUGUGCUGUGCUAGAGGGAGGGUACAACUUGACUUCCCUCGCCCAGUCUGUGUGUCAGACAGUUCACACUUUGCUCGGAGAUCCUGCACCUCGGCCUUCAAACAUCAACAGUCCCUGUAAAAGUGCACUGGAGUCCCUUCACUGUACACGUUCAGCUCAUAAGAAGUACUGGUCCUGCCUCAAAUAUGCAGCUGAUCUACCAGACUUUGAACUCAGCACUAAGCGCAUUAAACUGGCAGAAGAAGAAGAAGAAAAGCUGGAGAAGGGAGAAGAGGCAAUAACCAAAAAGGAAGAGGUGUGGCCAGAACCUCCGAAACGUGUCGCUCCUCUUGUUCGUACUGCCUUAGUGCUCCCUGACGGUGUGGCUUGCCCGGAUGGGUGUAAACGCUUCAGCUUAUCAGAGAAUCUCAACCCACUUAUAGCCAACAAACUCAGGGAGAACUUCCUCAAAGCUGCAGAUGACAGCGAUGCUCUCUCAACUUUGUCCACUCUCAUUGCCCUGGUAGAGAAAAUGGUGAAGAACGAGAUCUGCAGUGGCUUGGCACUGGUCCGUGACGUCUCCAUGGCGACGAUGUGUGUCGUCCAGCAUGCUGCAACCGCUCUCAGCAACCGCGUUUUGGUCGUGUGUGUUGGAGACGGGACGGUCCCGAGUCAAAUCACAGAGGAUGGGAAAUCACUGGUGGUGCAUAUCAGCAGGAAGGAACCAGAGGAACAGAAAUGCAAAUAUUACGUUCCUGUGUGUCUGAAGAAGGGCUCCAGUGAGGUAUCAGGGUUCCUACAGGCCAUGUUCGGCCUGCUUCUGCCUCUGGGGUACGAGUACGACCCCAGUCUGGUUCUGCUGGUUCGGAUGCCAGAUAGUGGGAUGUGUGACAGUGUUUGGCAACAGCUAACGGGCCUUCUGCAGGGCCUGGCACAAGGACACACUCUGGUCCUCAUGCAGGAAAGUGAGAAGGCUCGUGUCGACCCAACGGCCUCCUCACUCGUUGGGAAUGCUCCCCCUUCUCUGGGGCCGCUUCAUGCUCCUCUACCAGAAGAUGUGGAAUCGCUGGAGAGCCUCAGACGCAGGCUGCAGACUGACUGGAAACUGCUGCAGACCACAGCACCAGAAAGUGGAAGAGGUGACGACCACUGAAGCAACUCCUGCUCCUCUUUGUAAAAAUCAGAUGAAGAACAUUAAUCUAAUGUGUUGAUACCCUUUUAUACUUUUUUGUCAGUGUUAAAUCGAAACUGAGCCUAUAUUUGAUAUAUUCUGUCAUAAAAUAAACAGUAUGUCUCAGCAGACAUGAUCAGAAUACAUGGAAAUACUGUAAUGUUUUACACAAGGACAUAAUUACAUAAUGUGAUUAGGUGGGAUUGAUUGUGAAAUGGAUUGACAGGGCUUUUGAUUCACAGACUAACACAUUUAAAGGCUUGGCUAAUAUAUGGAGUAUAUGUGGUGAAGAUAAUCUAAGCUUUCUUGAGAAGUUCUGGUUGCUACUGUAGUAGGUGGACCUUUUUUAAAGGCCCUGAAAACUGGUUUUCUCAGCUUCUUACUGUGACUGAUGGGGUCCUACAUGAACACAUUUUCUGCCAGUUAAAAUAGUUUUUGGUUAUAUCACAUGACAGAUUUCAGUUCUUGUCAUUUUUUUCUCUGAGUUCUUCUCACUGGUUUGAAGUGGGUGAGGCUCAGUUGGAAAAAGCUGAUGUCAUUUACUUCUGAGUACGAAUCGGGGCUUUUUAAUGUUUGAAUCAAAGUCUGAUGACGGUUGUGAGAUUGUUUCUUAAUAAAUGAACUUUUUUCAAACUUUGA